UAAGAGAAAGUUCGAAGUUUUUUCUUCCACACUUCCACACUGGAUGUUCUGCAGUAAAAUUUUGCAAAGAAAUCGUUUAUUUCAUUGCUAAAAACCGCACAAUGGAUAGACAGGAUAGUGAUGACGAACACGAACGCCGUCAACGCGGUAGGGACAAAUUUCGUCGUGAAAGAAGCGAUUAUCAAGAAAGAAACGAUGGCAGACGAGACAAUAGCAGGUCCGGUGGUGUUAGCAAUAGACGAGAUGACUCGUGGCAAGAUAAUCGUCGAGGAAGACAACAGCAGUGGGACAAUAAUCCGAGAAGGAAUAGGGAUAACUAUGGUGGUGGUGGUGGGGGAAGACAUCAUGAAGGGGGUGGACCCCCAAUGAAACGACAACGACGAGAUUGGGAUAAUCAGGGAUAUAAUCAACAGCAAGGUGGUGAUUUUGGUGGAUAUAGCCAGUCAGGUGGUGGACAUUGGGGAACACCUAUGGAUAACCAGCAACCCUCAUUUAACAACCAACAACAGGCAGAAGCCAACACAGGUCCUGUCAUGAUGACAUUUAAACAUUUUCUCAACUCACAAUCUGAUGACAUUGAAGAGAUGGAAGCUGUCCGUAAAUAUCAAGAGUAUAAGUUAGAUUUUCGUAAAACACAGAUUGCAGAAUUUUUUACCAAUCACAAAGAUGAGGAAUGGUUUCGUAAUAAAUACCAUCCAGUUGAAGCUGAUCUCUAUAAGAAGAAAGUUAACAGUAGUGUUCGCAAACGUGCCUCAGUAUUUGUUGAUCUUCUUCAGUUGGGUUGGGUUGAUCGUUAUACAUUGACUGCUGAACAAGGAGAGGAAAUCACAAAACUUCUUGACGCAGCUGUCAUAAAGUUUGAAGGAGGAACAGACUUUGACCUUCAAGUGUUGGAUGAGAACUACAAAGAACGAGAAGAAGCAAGGCUUAAAGAAAAAAGUGCCAAAGAAAAACAGAUUGCUGUGAAGGACGGUCAGACUGUGGUCUCUCAAAAACCAACUACCACCCCCCCUUCUUCUUCAUCUACGCCUUUACCUGACACUGUGGCGCCUACCACAGACGGGGAGGUACGCCAGGAAAAUACAGAUGAUUUGAUCAAGGCAGAUGCGACCAAGAAUGAUGAUGUACAACCAGAAGAGGGCAAGACUCGUAAAAGAAAACGCCGAAACAGAGAUAAUUUUGAUGAUGAUGAAAACGAAGAAAGCGAAAGCGAAUCAGAUACGGAGACAGAUCCCGUUGGAACAAACAAGGAUUCCAACAAUCUAGACAAUGUCGAAAAAGUCCCUGAAGGAACUGAGAAACCAUCUACUGCUGAAGUGAGUACAGAGGAGGUUGCAGAUAAGACAGAAGAGAAUUCUGUUGCAGCAACAAAUGAUGAAACGCGGAAUGAAGAGGGAAAUUUAAAAUCUGAGGAAAAUUGCAUGGAAGAAACGAAGGCUUCUCAUCUUGAAGAAAAAGUUGAUAAGACAGAAACAUGUGAGGGAAACGAGGAAAAAAAAGAUGAACAGGAUGGUGAUGGUGAAAGUGAUAACGGCGAAUCUAAAGAAGAACAUGAAAUUACCACACCACGUGCUCUUCAUUUGACCGUGUCUCUGUUUGUACGAAAUGUAUCACCCAAGAUUUUCCAUAAUGACAUCGAUUCGGCUUGUGCCCGAUAUGAUGGCUACAUGAGAGUUGUCUUGUCUGAUCCUGCGCCAGAUAAGAAAUUCUUUCGUCGCGGCUGGAUCACGUUUAAACCCAAUGUGAACAUCAAAGAUAUAUGCUGGUCCUUGAAUAAUAUUAAGGUAAAAGACGUUGAACUUCAUGCGUUGGUGAACAGAGAGCUAGCAAAACGGGUGCGAACUGUUUCUGGAUCUGCUGUCCUAAAGGGCUGGGUUGAAAGUGAUAUUACCAUGGCAACGAGGUUGAUUUUAGCCCUUGAUGAGAAAUACGAGGUAUGGAAACAGGAGGAGAAAGAAGAAAUCAAAGAAAUGGAGGUUGAGAAAACGGAUGAAAAAGGCGAGGAUAAACCUGAAACAACGAAAACUGAAGAGGUUUCAGGCGAAGUGCCUCAAGAAAAAAAAGAAGAGAAUACGGAAGAAAGUGAGAAAAAAUUGUCUAAAGUUGUUACUAAAAUCAACAUGCCUCAUAGCAAUCCUGUUCUGGAGUCGCUACCUUCAAAAAUCUCUGAGAAAGUGGCUGCUAUCUCUGAAAGUAUUACUGCUGGCAAGCAGGAUGAAACAGUUGUGUAUGAAACAUCAGAGGGUGAGAAAGUUCCCGGUCUUGAAGGCUCACAACAUCCUCCACCUGAGAUUGACGAGAGCCUGGUGAAGCUCCUUGAUAGACUCGUGUUGUACCUGAGGAUUGUGCAUUCUAUGGAUUACUACAGUGGAGCUGAGUAUCUGUAUGAGGAUGAUAUGCCAAAUAGGUGUGGCAUUAUUCACAUUCGAAGUCCCUUGCCUGAUAAAGUUAACUAUGAAGAAGUCACCGAUUGGCACAAAAAUCUGCACCAGAAACUCGAACUGCACUUGCAAAAGAAAGAAAAGAUGCCAGAUUCCGAAGCUCUACUGUUGGGGAAGAAAGAUCAGGAAAAGGAAGUGGAGAAGUUUGUUGAAGCAAACACACAGGAGAUAGGUCAAGAUAAAUGGUUGUGUCCCCUAAGUGGAAAGAAGUUUCGUGGACCCGAGUUUGUUCGUAAACAUAUCUUUAAUAAACAUGGUGAAAAGGUCGACGAUGUCAAAACAGAGGUUAACUUCUUCAAUAAUUUUGUCUACGAUCCAAAGCGACCAUGUGAAGGUGAAGUAAAAUCUUCUUCAGUCAACACUCACGUGCAGCAAGGUUAUCACACUCCUCAACAACUUGGUAUGCACAACAACCAAGGGGGUUGGGGUCGCGGUGGAAACAUGCACUAUGGUAAUCGAGGUGGCUAUAAUAAUUAUGGUAAUAACUUUAAUAAUUACAAUCGUGGAGGAUUUCAAAGACCACGAAGGGGGAGUUUUGGUGGAGGACCAAGGCAUGACUCUCGACCAAUCUUGCAAUAUCGUGAUCUUGACGCUCCUGGUGAUGAUAACGAUUUCUUUUAAACGACUGAAAUUGUUCUUUUUACAUCACCAAAAUGUAGAAGUUUCCAAAGUGUACAUUUGUUUUAAAUUAUUUUCCGUAUAAACUACCGUAAUUGUUUUAACAAUAAUAAAUACGCUCUCUUUUUUGCUCCGUUGAA